GGUGUGACUUCCUGUUUGUGGAAAAGUUCGCUCGGUUCCGCUCAUGGCCUUCCCCCGGGGCUUCCUCUUCCAGCCUUCUCUGGCUUUGCCCUUCGGUUCCGGGCUCAUCCUGGGACCCAGGACGGAGGAGUUCGGCCGCUCCGGUUCCGGUUCUGCCUUCGCUCCGUACUCAGCCCCGGCGGCUUCUCACCUGCGGUUCGGCUCGGAGCCUCGGGCCGCCGGAACCAUCAGCUCCUAUGUGAGUCCGAGCUACGAUCCGUCCUCCAGCAUCUCCGGGUCCUUGGACUACCACCCGUUUGGGCCCCUGGGGCCCUACGCGUACGGGGACCCCACCUACAGGAAAAACGCCACCCGGGACGCCACGGCCACGCUGAAGGCCUGGCUGAGCGAGCACAGGAAGAACCCGUACCCCACCAAGGGGGAGAAGAUCAUGCUGGCCAUCAUCACCAAGAUGACGCUGACGCAGGUGUCCACCUGGUUCGCCAACGCUCGGCGCCGGCUGAAGAAGGAGAACAAGAUGACCUGGACCCCCCGGAACCGGAGCGAGGACGAGGAGGAGGAGGACAACAUGGACUUGGAGCGUCACGAGGAAGACGAGGAGCUCGUCAAGCUGAACGAUGAAGAGCUGGAGCUGAGGCGAGAGACGGCCUCCUGUCAGUUGAUGUUCCGGGAUGACAUCAGUACCGACCACGGCCCCACAGAUCUGGACUCUGGGGACCGGAGGCUGCCCUACGUCCCGGGCCCUGUCUCUGUAUCUGGAACUACUCCUCCAAGCGGGUCCCUGGAGACCCUCGGAGUCUCGGGGUCAGAGUUCACCUCGUUGUCGAGCUCGCCCACUAAGGAUCAGCUGGACUCCUGUGGCGCCGUCCAGGGGCCAAACCUGACCCCAAAACCCAAACUGUGGUCCCUGGCUGAGAUCGCCACAUCUGCAGACAGAAGCACAGGAAGCAGUGACUCCUCACAGAGCAGGGGGCGGAGCUCGCUGUCCCAUGGCCCCGCCCUGCCACGGCACCUGUACUACUCCUCCCCCUUCAUGUCCGAAUACUCGAGCUUCAGGCCCCUGGGGCCCCUGCACGGAGGCUCUCAUUUAAACGGAUUACAGCAGAAGAUGCUGCAGCAGGCCGAGGCGGCAACCCGUGACUGCCGACCGCGGAGUCAGAACCACACGGAGCUGCAGAGAGGCCUGAUGAAGGCGUAGACCGCCACCAACUGGACCCGCCGCUGGUGUUGGGUCCACCAGGGGAACCUGCAGCUCCCAGACUUUUGUUC